UGUCAUGGUAGCUGUCCCCAUGAUAGCCGGCGGAAGAUGAGAGGAUGAUGGCGAAUACCGAGCACACCGAGGUAUCUCUGACCACAUGUUUAGGAGGUACUGUGCUGUCUCGCUGUGUAAAAGGGCGUCCGUAGGUGUCAAAUGGAAAUAAUAUGCACGGCUCGCCCGCAAGCUUGGCCCAAUCUCCCACAAUCCUCGUGCUCCCUCCAGUCUCCCUCCAGUCUCCCUCCAACAUUCCAUAAGGCGGUCUUGUCCCCGGUCGGAGGCUUGUACUGCCUGGUGCUUGGUGCCAAAAUCCAGACCUUUUUCAACUUUCUUAUCAAAGCAUCACACCUUUCCGAGUUUGCAUUCAGAUUCUUCCGUCAAAUUGAGGUUGCCUGAUAAUCCCUUCCACUUAUUCCUCAAACUCCCGAUACUGCAGCCAUGGUCGCAGACGCCUUGGUCUAUCACCCUGCGGUGACCCAUUACCUCCGAUAUGUCGCGACCACAGUCGGUCGAGACAAAGUCCUCCGUACCAUCCAAUACUUUGCGCGAUUCUAUGCCUGGUAUCUCUACCGCACCAACAAUCCGACCAGUGCGAUUCAGCCAUGGGUGACCCUGAAGAACCAAUUCUCCCUCACAAGAAAGAUCCUCCGGGUUGGCAAGUUCGUUGAACAUUUGCGUGCGGGUUCCGAAAUCUACGAUGCUGCCAUGAAAUCCAGCAACGGCGACAAAGUUACGCAAUACCUUCAAAUCCUCCGACAGAUAGGCUAUGCGGGCUACAUGAUGUUCGACAUGAUGACAGUGUUGGACGCCAUGGGGGUCAAGAAAGAUCCCAAGGCCAAGAAUAUCCAAACCCUUGCAUACCGGUUCUGGUGCACAGGGUUGAUUGCUAGUGCUUUGGCGGGAAUCUACAACAACUACAAGUUGAGAGAGCGAACGAGCGCAGUCGACGAGAAAGACGCAGAGGCCAAGGUCGAGAAAGUGAAGAUCGCCAAACAACGAAAAGCCGUCAACAUUCAGCUCAUUUCAGAUCUCUGUGAUCUCACGGUGCCCAGCACCGCACUUGGCUACGUCAACCUGGACGACGGCAUCAUUGGUCUGGCUGGCACGACGAGCAGUCUGCUUGGUGUUUAUGGAGCCUGGCAGAAGACGGCUUGAUCGCCGUGACGUAAAUUGAGAACAAGGCAUUCGAGAUGAAUUCUUGGUGUUUGCAGUUCCUCAACACCACUGUUGUCACCGUGCUUGGCCGUGACUGAUCAAGGACUCGGUAGUGAGAGGGGAUGAUUCGACCACAUCUCAGACAAUGAUGUAGUCUCCUGUGAGGUGUUGCGGGACUGGCUGUGUUGAACACCAUAUUGCUCGGGAUGAUGAUAUGAUCUGGCACGAUCUGGUUACGGCUAGCGAUCCCCCGCUUUGUUUGACGCACAGUGCCUAUUGCGGAGUCUAGAGGGCUUGUUUGUUUUGGAAAAUCUCCGUUUGACCCUGAAAGAGCUCUCGAGGCACUUUUGGCAGAGUCAGCCGUUUACUGUUGCCAAGCAUCUUCUUUGAAACAGCAGUAGAGAGCCCGAAAGGUCAAGGGAAAACUCAGAUAGUUCUAAUCUACCUAGGUAACUUCCACAACGUGCACCGGGCGUCUUUCGUAGUUGCAAUAACUAGGGACUUUUACAGACUG